AUGACGCACUCCGCCGCGCGUUUCCUCCUCUUCGUCCUCCUCGCGCUCUUCGUCCUCGUCGCGCUUCUCCCGUCGCGCGCGGAGGCUAAGAUCACGUACGUGAAGCCGCUGUGGCAGCCUGUGAGCGAGUGGAGCCCGCCGGAGGAUCGCGAGUCGCACGCGGAGCUGCACAGCGCGGCGAUGAAGUUGUACUCGGAGUACGUCGAGAACAGCGGGAUUCAGCCGUGCACGUACUGCUGA